AUGCGAGUCCGGCCCGACCUCACCGUCAUCAUGGUUGCGCCAAAGUGCCCCGGCACGGAGGUGCGCGAAGAGUACAAGCGCGGGUUCGGCGCGCCGGCCCGCUCGUCGGCGGUCAAGUCGGAUCUGAUGGGCGAGCAGACAAUCCUGUGCAGCGCGGUGCUCUCGUUCGACAAGAUGGGGGAGAACGGCAUCGACCCGUCUUACGCCUACGCUGAUUAA